UGCUGGGGUGAGGGGUUUGUGCAUGGGAGUGUGAUGGAAGACACUUGUGGAAGUUGGUUAUCUCCUUCCACCUUUACAUGCAUUCUGGGGGUCAAACUCUACCCACUGAACCAUCUUGCUGGCCCCACAAUUUCUGAUGAGAAGACUUGGAAGUUUCCCAUACACACUGAAGGACAAGGAAAUACAUUAGUCCCUUAAUUUUAGAGGUAAACAUUGUGUAUAUGGAAUUAUCGGAUAUACCCUCAUAAGUGUGCAAUUGUUAUUUGUGUGUUAAAACUACAGAAGUCAGAAAGGGAUUGAAACCAAGCCUUGGCCUGGGAGCAUGGCCAUUGCUUUCUCAUCUGCAGGCCUUGUGCACGUAGCUGGGGUUGGAUAGCACACUGUGGUGGUCACUGUCUUGUUGUCUGCGUGCGAAUGAUGAUGUGCAGUUUUCUAACUGGGAGAUGACCUGGGAAGAUUGAGGAAGUGAGGCAGAAAGAAGCAGCUGCUGCAUCCUCGCUUGGGUGAGUGAAGACGGGGUGGGCCCUCCGCUGAGCUGGAGAGAUGACUCAGUGCUGCUUAGCAUGCUAGAAGGUGCCUGAGCUUGACCUGGGAACCGGGUGGUGACAGAGGCUGCAGUGGGCUAAUUGGUCCCUGUGCCGCUAGCCCUUCCUCUGGUGGUCCAGAAGCAGUCCUGAGCUGUCCUAGUGGCUGAACUGGUCCCCCGGAGGUGUUUCCAGUUCUACCCAACCACAGCCUAGGAAACUGCUCUGGACACUUUACUGAGUGAGUUACGAGUUCUCCUUCGUGGCCAAGCCCAGCAAGCCUGUCCUGAGAAGUCAAACAAUGGUUCUUAAAGAAGGAGAAGGGGAGGAUGUCCCCAGUGACCUGACUGCAGAGGAGCGUCAAGAACUGGAGAACAUCCGGCGGAGGAAGCAGGAGCUGCUGGCUGACAUCCAGAGGCUAAAAGAAGAGAUAGCAGAAGUUGCUAAUGAAAUUGAAAGCCUGGGAUCCACAGAGGAAAGGAAAAACAUGCAGAGGAACAAACAGGUAGCCAUGGGCAGAAAGAAAUUUAACAUGGAUCCUAAAAAGGGGAUCCAGUUCUUAAUCGAGAAUGGCCUGCUGAAGAACACUUGUGAGGACAUUGCCCAGUUCCUGUAUAAAGGGGAAGGGCUCAACAAGACAGCCAUCGGCGACUACCUUGGGGAGAGAGAUGAGUUCAGCAUCCAGGUCCUGCAUGCAUUUGUGGAGCUGCAUGAGUUCACCGACCUGAACCUCGUCCAGGCCUUGCGGCAGUUCCUGUGGAGCUUCCGGCUCCCUGGAGAGGCCCAGAAGAUUGACCGGAUGAUGGAGGCCUUUGCCCAGCGAUACUGUCAGUGCAAUACUGGAGUGUUCCAGUCUACAGACACCUGCUAUGUCCUGUCCUUUGCAAUCAUCAUGCUGAACACCAGCCUACACAACCCCAAUGUGAAAGACAAGCCUACGGUGGAGCGGUUCAUUGCCAUGAAUCGAGGCAUCAACGAUGGAGGGGACCUGCCUGAGGAGCUGCUCCGGAAUCUCUAUGAGAGCAUCAAAAGCGAGCCCUUUAAAAUCCCAGAAGAUGACGGGAACGAUCUCACUCACACUUUCUUCAACCCAGACCGGGAGGGCUGGCUACUCAAACUCGGUGGCAGGGUGAAGACCUGGAAGAGGCGCUGGUUCAUUCUGACUGACAACUGCCUUUACUACUUUGAAUACACCACGGACAAAGAGCCCCGCGGGAUCAUCCCCCUGGAGAACCUGAGUAUCCGAGAAGUGGAGGACUCCAAGAAGCCGAACUGCUUUGAGCUUUAUAUCCCUGACAAUAAAGACCAGGUGAUUAAGGCUUGUAAGACAGAAGCGGAUGGGCGAGUGGUGGAAGGGAACCACACUGUGUACCGCAUCUCAGCCCCCACUCCUGAAGAGAAGGAAGACUGGAUCAAGUGCAUCAAGGCUGCCAUCAGCAGAGACCCUUUCUACGAGAUGCUUGCAGCACGGAAAAAGAAGGUCUCCUCCACAAAGAGACACUGAGGGUGCACCAGGGCACGGCCAGCCCGUGAAGCUGUGGCCCUUCUCCUCCCUCCCCUGAGGGCGCUGUGGAGCCAAGCGGAAGAGAGCAGAGGGCUUCUCUGCCAGUUCCUGCCACCCUGCUCCUAGAGACUUGCUUCAGCUUUUGCAGUUUUCUAAGUGGGAGAAGGGUGGGCGGCGAGGGCUCGGCUGCAGACUGCUGCUGCUGCUCAUGGCUCUGGAGCGGCUCUCAGAACCAGCCGCUGCGAGCAGAGCAGCCGAGCAGCUGGCUGGUUCACAGCCUCAGCUCAGCAGGGCUGAGGGCACCGCAGGGAGCUCGCUCUUUACCUCUCAGUGUUCUUGGCCAAGGGCCUUCACCUCUGCUCCAUGAAUGCCUGUAAGGAUGUACUCUGUACUCAGGAGAGAGGAGGAAAGGAAGAGAAGCCACGCACUAUAAAGAUUUAUUUUUGUUUUUUUUUUAAAGCAGAAGUGAACGUAGCUCUGUACUCUGCCCUGUGCUGUGCUUGGGGGCUUCCCCAAAAGUGGGGUGCUCUGGGGCUGCGGGCACCCCGAGGCUGCUGCUGCCUCAUGACUGUGUGGGCAAGAGAGGCAGAAGCAGGAUUGCUGGCAGGGCCCAGCAGACACGGGAGGCCUCCGGGCCCCAGCAGGGCAGCAGGCCGGCAGUAUGGGCAGCUCCACCCAGUGCCUGUGGGACAGAGUGAAGGUGGUUACCGCCUUGCCUGGCCCUCAGUACCCAGGCCCACUGCUCUUUAAACUGGAGAGUCUGCGUUUUCCUAAUAACCAAAACUGUGAGGAGCUCACCCACGGUGUUGGGUGGCGACUGUUUCGUAGCUGGUCUUUCUUUCUCCUCCCCAAGAGCUCUACUCCUCGUUCUAGAGGAAGGAGCAGGUCUUACUGAUCCCCUUGGGGCUUCAGCCUUUUCUGCCUCAAAAACCGCCCCAACUGGACUAUUCUGGUGCACUCUGUGGUAGCCUCCAGGAGCAGGGGCCUUGCUCAGCGGGUUGCAGUGCAGUCAGGCAAGGGUAAGGUGGCCUUUCUGUCCCCUGCCCUCUCUGGCAUGGCAUACCACAGCACACACGUGAGUGAACCCUGGCCUCCUAACUCAGUGUGAAGGGAGCCAUGAAACGCAGCAUCUCCUGCCGUUCUCUCAGGGACUCUCAAGGGCAGCUCGUGUUCCUUGGCCAGGGCUAGCACACCAGUGUAGGCAGAGCAGGUGGCAGGCGGUGUCUUGGCACACUCCUCAGCGCGGCCAAGGCCUUGGUGGCAGCAUGCUGCCUCCAGGCAGGUGGGUCCCGCUGGCUGUGUGAGCUCAGCCUCUCUGAUCUCAGAAGGAGGUCAGCAGCUCUGCAAAUGGCUUUGCAGAGAAGGGUGGGUGUGGGGGCAGCUCUCGGCCCCUGCUGUGGAUCCAGCAGGAUCCAGCCUCAAGAGGCUUCAGGUGCUCGAUGCUGAGUGUGUGAAGGCAGGCGACAGUGACUGCUGAGGGUCCAGGCUGGAAACCUGAGCCUCCUGCCGCAGAACCAGUCAACGCCUGCCCAGGUUGUGUGGGGAGUUGGGCCAGUGCAGAGCCCCUCCUGCACACCGGUUCUCACAGGUGUGUCCUGGGCAGGCCAGCAUCUGGCUCAGUGUCAGUCUAUUUAUCAGAGGUGUAAAUAAUCCAUACAUAGUUUUUCUCCUUUUAGAUUAUUUUGUAUUUGUUUAAAAAAAGAUUUGUCAAAAUACAAAGAAAUGACUGAAACUUGUUGACAGGGUUUUUAAAAAAUAUUAUUAUUAUAAUUGUUUUGUUUUUGCCUUGUAAACUAGCUCCAAGGAACUGCAGCAAAUAAACUCCAAAUCUGCCCACACCA